CUCCCUUCACGCUCCCUGUCGCCCCUUCCUUCCCCCUACCCCUCCCGGUGCCCGGGCGCUCCCCGCGCUGCGUCAGCGGGGUGGGUCCCCGAAUUCGGUGGUCAGAGCCUGAGAGCGCCGGCCCCCCCUGUUUGCAGCUCAUCAGUUUGGGUUGUUUUAAGUUCCCUGCCUUUUCUCUCCACCUAUGCCAAGAAUCCCUUUCCUAUACAUAAUAUAUUUAUACGUACAACUUGACCUCUAAAUUCUACCUUGAAGCCCGCAACAGAAAGAGAGUGGAGCCAGUUUUCUGCGUGUGGGGAAGGGGCGGAACCUCAGCCUCCCCCCUUCCCUACUCCGUUGGAAAAUCUGCUCCCACCGCCAACUGUAGGAAGACCCUUUAUUCGUGCAUACAGUAUCAGUGGAGGCAGCAUCUCACCGACUUUCUUUUUAAGAAUAGAGACUUAAAAAUUCACUGCUGGUUCAUUUCAAUCCUAGACCAAAUCUCCCCUGAACAGUGUUGAUUGCAUGAAAAUUUUAUGCAAGCGCUUCUCAUUUUUAUCACGAUAAAAUCUGCUCCGGAAUGAAUGGAUUGAGCCCGAAUCCACUUAUUUGGAAAGGUGUUUGGAGGUCUGACUUUUUCUUUCCCUUGAACCAUUUGCACAUCUCCUGCCAUCUUUACAGAAAAUACAACUUCUUUAUUCACAAGGAAGAGAAGGGCUUUUAAGCUCGACAUCGAUGAGAAUCAUCAAGUUUACCAUUUAGGAAAGGUGUGACGAGGGCCACAGACGAUCUCCAUAGGACAUACAGUUGACGUCCCUUUAUCCUGUUUCAUACAUCCGAGGGCGACUUCACCGUCCCCCUCGAUGGCCAGCCCUCAGAAAAGAAAAAGAAGGGAGAGAGACGCCCUCUGGGAAGUCGGUUUGCAUGCUAUUUUUAGCCACCUUCGUACCACAGUGACACAUUAUUUCGUUUCCAAAUAUUUCUAACGAUUUUCUGCUCGCGUGUGAGAUAAUGGAGCGAAGAGUUUGCGAGGCUGGCGAAGGGGGGGUGGGGAAGGCGCCUUUGAUGAACGGGCUCCGCUCACAGGAGGGAAAUAGGAUUCCUGUGGACUCUCCAGGCCGAAAUGUUUUUUCUUUCUCUCUUUCUUUUCUUCUUUUUUGAAAGGUGGGUCUGGUUUGGACCACUUUGUCUCCCAGCAUUGGAGGCUUUUGCUCGAGACUAGAGUCUUCCCGUUGGGUUUUGUCGAGAGAAAGCGUCCCCCGCCCUCCCCCCAGCACACAGGACUGCCCUGUUUCACAAUAAACAUGACGAAGGGGUUCGGCACUUUUUAAUAUAAAUAAACGGGGCGACUCUAGAAGGGUCUAUACUGGGGGAGCGCCUGCCGUGUCCCAUUUGUUUUCCUGCGGGUCCUCCACAUCAGUCUUUCUUGCGGGUCCUGCCGUCGGGCCGCCGGAACCCUGCACUCAUUAAAAGCACAUAUUUUAAAUUAAAGGGGGCACGUGGGGGGCCUCCGAGCGCGCCCACCUUUCCCGGCGGAUCUCUCUUCUCUCCUCUCGAUCGCGCCUCCUGCCCGCCGCUCCCGGACGCGGGCCCCUUUCCCGUGGCGCCUGCUGCUCUUGAACUUGCCCUUGGUGGAGCGGAGGGCGCGGGCCGCCGACCCUCAGGCAGCUCUUCCCAAAGCCCAGAUUUGUUGGUGUUAAUGCAUCUGACAUCAACUACACAGCUGGCCGAUAUGACCCGUCAGUCAAGAUCCCCUUUGACAUAGGUUUCGAAGGUGUGGGAGAGGUGGUCGCCUUAGGCCUCUCUGCCAGUGCCAAAUACACAGUUGGCCAGUCUGUGGCUUACAUGGCACCUGGCUCUUUUGCUGAGUACACAGUGGUUCCUGCCAGCAAAGCAACCGCAGUGCCCUCUCUGAAACCUGAGUACCUCACCCUGCUGGUAAGUGGGACCACUGCAUACAUCAGCCUGUCAGAGUUCGGAGAACUGUCGGAAGGGAAAAAAGUUUUGGUGACAGCAGCAGCUGGGGGGACAGGCCAGUUUGCCGUGCAGCUUGCAAAGAAGGCCAAGUGCCAUGUAAUCGGAACCUGCUCCUCUGAUGAAAAGGCUGCUUUUCUGAAAUCUGUGGGCUGUGACCGUCCCAUCAACUAUAACACGGAACACAUCAACACUGUCCUCAAGCGGGAGUACCCCAAAGGUGUGGACGUGGUAUACGAGUCUGUGGGGGGGACCAUGUUUGACCUGGCUGUGGAUGCCUUGGCCGUGAAAGGGUGCCUGAUCCUCAUUGGGUUCAUAUCUGGCUACCAAACUCCUACUGGCCUUUCGCCCGUGAAAGCAGAAACAUUACCAGCCACACUGCUAAAGAAAUCUGCCAGCAUCCAGGGCUUCUUUUUGAACCAUUACUUUUCAAAGCGUAGCGCGGCCAUGGACCAGUUGCUUAAGAUGUAUACAAGUGGAGACCUAGCCUGUGAGGUGGACCUGGGAGAUCUCUCUGCAGAGGGCAGGUUCACCGGCCUGGAGUCCAUAUUCCGGGCUGUCGACUAUAUAUACAUGAGAAAAAACACUGGAAAAAUUGUAGUUGAAUUACCUCACUCUGUCAACAGUAAGCUGUAAAAACAGAACAAUGACAUAAAUCAAAGAAGAAAGAGAAUGGGCGCCUUAUGCUUCAGAAUUACUCAAAUCGAUUUAUUUUUAGUUGGUAGUAGAGAUAAUAUUUCUUAAAACAGAAGUAAGGUGUUAACGAACAGGUUUCUCUUUUGCUUUCCUCUUUUCCUCGUGUCGCCCCUCCUUUGAAAAAAAAAAAAAUGUGGAAUGAAACUUCCCUCCACAGCUCAGAGUUAAACCUUUACGUUCAAUCCUCUGGUCAUGGACAGUCUCGUUCCAGAUUUUAUUGUUCCUGGAACUAAAUUAAUUCCUGAUGCGAGAGCUGAUCAAAUCAGUAUGUCUUCAGCUUGAUGAGAUUUUAAAAUCGGUCUUGAAAAUAGUUCACAAAUUCUUUGCUUUGGGAGAGUUUGGUCUUAGGCUAAUAAGUACUUAAUAAAUAGAGGUUAUAGCAAACGUCAUGUUUCAGAGUCUGUAUUCUCAGAAAAUGGCCCUUCUUUUUCCAUAGAUCACUUGCCAACUAUCUAAAUAGAAAUUUCGAGGAAUUCUCCCCAAACUGAUUCUGUGAGAUUAUUAGAAAAGUGAUUACGUGAACACAGGCCUUUCUUAAAGAAGUGCCUGGUAUUUCGUGGCCUUUGCGCACCAUCGUCCUGUGAGGCACACGUGGCAUGGAGCUUUGCUCUCCUCCCUCAAGACGCAAAGCAAUGCUGAAGACGUAACACGGACAAAGAGCGGGUUUGGGAAAGGGGAUCACAGGGAUCCGGGGACUUGAAAAACGUGCUACUUGCCCAGCAAAGGGGCAAGUGUGCGUCCCAUCCACAGCGUGGGCCACGUGACGAAACACGUGCCAUGCAGGCGCGAGCCAUCCGGGCACCGCGCGAGUGAUACCCACCAGCAAGGCCCACGGACCUGAGGCCGGGUUUGCCAAAUCGCGCCCUGCCAGGCGGGGACCAGAGUGACCCGGAAUAAUAUACAUUGGCUUCCUGUCCGAGACCGUCAGACGUGGAAGGCGUGUUUCAUCUCUGAUCAUGGGGCCACAGAAUAGCAGUCCCUGCUCCUCCGUCCCCAUUUACCUUGUUCCCACGUCCUGGUAGAAUGAGGUGCUGCUUGUCCCUAUUGCCUGACGUCACAUAGGAAAGUAACAAGUCACGUGCCUUGUCUUGCGAGUCAUGCCUGUAGCCGACCUACCUGCCUCCUAACCUCCAGCUCACCAAAGACCGCCACAGCCUUCCUCAUGGAAACCCCCGGCGCCUUGCAAAACCCACCAUGUUACUUUUCAAAGCCUUAGGUUCCCGCAUCUCUCACGUGCUCAAUAAAUAUAGACAAUUAAAGGUGGUCCAUGAAACUUGGA